AUGAAGAACAUUUACUGGCUUGCUCUGAAACUUGUCAACUUUGUGACUCUUGGCUGCAUAUGGACUCCUGUGUUACAGUGUACAAUUUUAAACAGCUGCCUAAAGUCAUGUGUAACUAACCUGGGCAGACAGCUUGAUGUCAGCACACCAUACAAUCUGAGUGCACCGUGCAUCCAAGGAUGUCAUUUUUGGACCUCUGCAGAUCAGGAAAACUGUACUUUAAAGUGUCGAGAAUCCUGUGAGGUCGGCUGCAGCAGCGGGGAAGGUGCAUAUGAAGAGGAAGUGCUAGAAAAUACAGACCUCCCCACUGCACCAUUUGCUUCUUCCAUUGGAAGCCACAGUGUGACAUUACGAUGGAAAUCGGCCAACAUCUCUGGAGUAAAAUACAUCAUUCAGUGGAAAUAUGCACAACUGCCUGGAAGCUGGGCUUACACUGAGGCUGUUUCCAAGCUCUCCUAUGUGGUAGAGCCCUUGCAUCCCUUCACUGAAUAUAUUUUUCGAGUGGUUUGGAUCUUCACAGCCCAGCUGCAGCUGUAUUCCCCUCCAAGUCCCAGUUAUAGGACUCAUCCUUAUGGAGUUCCUGAAACUGCUCCUCUCAUUAAAAAUAUUGAAAGCUCCAGUCCGGACACGGUGGAAAUCAGUUGGGCUCCACCUCAAUUCCCAGGUGGACCUAUUUUGGGUUAUAACUUAAGGCUGAUUAAUAAAAAUCAAAAGUUAGAUUCAGGGACACAGAGAACCAGUUUCCAGUUUUACUCCACUCUACCAAAUACCACCUACAGGUUUUCUGUUGCAGCAGUAAAUGAAGUUGGUGAGGGGCCGGAAGCAGAAUCUAGUAUUACCACUUCAUCCCCAGCAGUUCAAGAAGAGGAACGGUGGCUCUUUUUAUCCAGGAAAACUUCUCUACGAAAGAGAUCUUUAAAACAUUUAGUAGAUGAAGCACAUUGCCUUCAGCCGGGUGCUACACACCGUAACAUUACAGGAAUAUCAGUUAAUGUCCACCAGCAAGUUGUUUAUUUCUCUGAAGGAACUCUCAUAUGGGUGAAGGGAGCUGCCAACAUGUCUGAUGUGUCUGACCUGAGAAUUUUUUACAGUGGUUCGGGAUUAAUUUCUUCCAUCUCCAUAGACUGGCUUUAUCAGAGAAUGUACUUCAUCAUGGCUCAACUGGUAUGUGUCUGUGAUUUAGAAAACUGCUCAAACAUUGAGGAAGUUACUCCUCCCUCAAUUAUUGCACCUCAAAAAAUCGUGGCUGAUUCAUACAAUGGGUAUCUCUUUUAUCUUCUGAGAGACGGCAUUUAUAGAGUCGAUCUCCCUGUGGCUUCUGGUCGGGGCUCGGAAGUUGUGCGUAUUGUGCAGAGUGGCACAUUAAAGGACUUUGCAAUCAAGCCACAGUCCAAGCGAAUCAUUUACUUCAAUGACACCGCCCAAGUCUUCAUGUCAACCUUUCUGGAUGGCUCCACGUCCCACCUUGUCCUACCUCAUGUCCCCUUUACUGAUGUGAAGAGCUUUGCUUGUGAAAACAACGACUUCCUGGUCACAGAUGGCAAGGCUGUUUUCCAACAGGAUUCUCUGUCUUUUAAUGAGUUCAUCGUGGGAUGUGACCUGAGUCACAUAGAAGAAUUUGGGUUUGGCAACUUGGUCAUCUUUGGCUUGUACACCCAGCCACACCCGCUGCCGGGCUGCCCACAGCAGCUCUCAGUGCUGUUCGGCUCACACCAGGCCCUGGUUCAGUGGAAGCCCCCUGUGCUCGCCAUUGGAGCCAAUGUCAUCCUCAUCAGUAACAUUGUUUAACUCUUCCAAUUAGGCCCUUCCGCCUGGCAGAACUGGACUUACGAGGUGAAAGUAUCAACCCAAGACUUUCCUGAAACCACUCACGUGUUCUCUAAUAUAAGUGGGACCAUCCUUAAUGUACACGACCUUCAGAGUGCUACGAAAUACAAGGUUUUUGUGAGAGCAAGUUCUCCCAAGGGGCCAGGCCCUUGGUCAGAGCCCUCAGUGGGAACUACCCUGGUACCAGCUGCAGAGCCACCAUUUAUCAUGGCUGUGAAAGAAGAUGGGCUUUGGAGUAAACCAUUAAAUAGCUUUGGCCCGGGAGAAUUCCUAUCCUCUGAUAUGGGAAAUGUAUCAGAUAUGGAUUGGUAUAACAACAGCCUCUACUACAGCGACAUGAAAGGUGAUGUCUAUGUGUGGCUGCUGAGUGGGACGGACAUCUCAGAGAAUUAUCACAUACCCAACAUUGCAGGAGCAGGGGCGUUAGCUUUUGAGUGGCUGGGUCACUUUCUCUACUGGGCUGGAAAGACGUACAUGAUACAAAGGCAGUCUCUGUCGACAGGACACACAGACAUUGUGACUCACGUGAAGUUGUUGGUGAAUGACAUGGUGGUGGACUCAGUUGCCGGAUAUCUCUAUUGGACCACACUGUAUUCAGUUGAAAGUACCAGGCUAAAUGGGGAAAGUUCCCUUAUACUGCAGGCACAGCCUUGGUUUUCUGGGAAAAAGGUAAUUGCUCUAACUUUAGACCUUAGUGAUGGGCUCCUGUAUUGGUUGGUUCAAGACAGUCAGUGUAUUCACCUGUACACAGCUGUUCUUCGGGGUCAGAGCACUGCUGGGGACACCACCAUCACAGAGUUCGCAGCCUGGAGUACUUCUGACAUUUCCCAGAACACACUGAUGUACUACAGUGGUCGGCUCUUCUGGAUCAAUGGCUUUAGGAUUAUUACAGCUCAGGAAAUAGAUCAGAGAACUAGUGUCUCUGUUUUGGAACCAGCCAAAUUUAAUCAGUUCACAAUUAUUCAGACAUCCCUCAAGCCUCUGCCAGGGAACUUUUCCUUUACCCCUAAGGUUAUCCCAGAUGCCAUUCCAGAGUCUUCAUUUAUGAUUGAAGGAAAUGCUUCGAGUUUUCAAAUCCUCUGGAAUGCUUCCCUAGCAGUGGAUUGGGGUGUAAUUUUCUACAGUGUGGAAUUUAGUGCUCAUUCUAAGUUCCUGGCUAGUGAACAACAUUCUUUACCUGUAUUUACUGUGGAAGGGCUGGUGCCCUAUGCCUUAUUUAAUCUUUCUGUCACUCCUUAUACCUACUGGGGAAAGGGCCCCAAAACAUCUCUAUCACUCCGAGCACCUGAAACAGUUCCAUCAGCACCAGAGAAUCCCAGAAUAUUUAUAUUACCAAGUGAAAAAUACCACAAUAAGAAUGAAGUUGUGGUGGAGUUUAGGUGGAAUAAGCCUAAGCACGAAAAUGGUGUGUUAACAAGAUUCGAAAUUUUCUAUCAAAUAUCCAACCAAAGCGACACAAACAAAACAUUCAAAGACUGGAUUGCUGUCAAUGUCACUUCCUCAGUGAUGUCUUUUCAACUUGAGGGUAUGAGUCUUGGGUACAGUGUUGCCUUCCAGGUUCGAGUCUUCACAUCCAAAGGACCUGGACCAUUUUCUGACAUAGUAAAGUCCAAAACAUCAGAGAUCAGUGCAUUUCCAUACCUCAUAACUUUUUUUGACAACAAGAUAGCUUUGUUAGAUAUGGAUCGAAAUCAAGUUGUAUGGACACUUUUGGCAGAAGGCGACGUUGGUGCCAUGGGCUACACAGCUGAUGACGCAGUGGCGUACUAUGCUCAGGGAGACUCACUCCUCCUCCUCAACAUGCACAAUCAGUCCAGCUCUGAGAUUUUCCGAGAUGCACUGGUUUUUGAUAUCACAAUUAUUACAAUUGACUGGAUUUCAAGGCACCUCUACUUUGUGCUGAAAGAAUCACAAAAUGGAAUGCAAAUAUUUGAUGUAGAUCUUGAAAACAAGGUGAAGUAUCCCAGGAAGCUGAAAAUUUGCAACAGAAAUUCAACAAUAAUCUCUUUUUCUGUAUAUCCUUUCUUAAGUCGCCUGUAUUGGACAGAAGUUUCUGAUUUUGGAUCUCAGAUGUUCUACUACAGUAUUAUCAACCAGACCUUGCACCGAAUUUUGCAACCCCCAGCCAGAAACCAUCCAAAUGGAAGAAGCCAAUGUUCUUGCAAUGUGACUGAAUUCGAGUUAAGUGGAGCAAUGACUAUUGAUACCUCUGACCUAAAGAAACCACGGAUAUACUUUGUCAAGGGGCAAGAGAUCUGGGCAAUGGAUCUGGAAGGAUGUCAGUGUUGGCAAGUUAUCAUCAUGCCUGCUCUGCUUGCUGGAAAAAUGCUUGUUAGCUUGACUGUGGAUGGACAAUUUCUCUAUUGGAUCUCCACAGCAAAGGACAGCACACAAAUUUAUCAGGCAAAGAAAAGCAAUGGGACCAUCCUGUCCCAGGUGGAGGCCCUAAGUAGUAAGCAUAUCUUGGUUUACAGUUCAGUUCUGCAGCCUUUUCCAGAUAGAGCAUUUCUGUCUCUAGCUUCAGAUAUUGCAGAGCCAACUAUACUUAACACCACUAAUACCAGCCUCACAAUCAGAUUACCACCUGUCCAGACAAACCACAUGUGGGAUGGCAUCACCAGUCCCACUCCCACAUACCUGCUUUAUUACAAAGAAGUAAAUGACAGGAAGAACAGCUCUGAACUGAAAGAUAGAAUGCUGGAAUUUCAGCAGAGUAUAGCCCUUAUUGAAGGUUUACAACCAUUUUCAACAUAUAUGAUACGGACAGCUGUAAGGAAUUAUUAUUCAGAUCCUUUGGAACAAUUACCUCUGGGAAAAGAGAUUUGGGGAAAAACUAAAAGUGGAGUCCCAGAGGCGGUUUGGCUCAUUAACACAACCGUGCAGUCAGACACCAGCCUCGUUAUAUCCUGGAGAGAAUCUCACAAGCCAAAUGGACCGCAAGAGGCAGUCCGCUAUCAGGUGGCAAUCUCUCAACUGGCUCCCAUUCCUGAGACUCCACUAAGGCAAAGUGACUAUCCAAAUGGGAGGCUCUCUCUCCUUGUUACUAGACUGUCUGGUGGAAAACUCUAUGUGUUAAAAGUUCUGGCCUGCCACGCCGAGGAAAUGUGGUGCACGGAGAGUCAUCCUGUCACUGUGGAAACGUUUGACACGCCAGAGAAACCUCAUGCCUUGGUUCCAGGGAACACUAGUUUGCAAUUAGAUUGGAAGGCUCCAUCUAAUGUUCACCUUAUCAGAUUUUGGUUUGAACUCCAAAAGUGGAAGCACAAUGAGUUUUACCAUGUUAAAGCUUCGUGCAGCCAAGGUCCUGCUUAUGUUUGUAACAUCACAGGUCUACAGCCUUAUACUUUCUAUAAUGUCCGAGUAGUGGUGGUGUACAGGACAGGAGAAAAUAGCACCUCACUUCCAGAAAGCUUUAAGACUAAAGCUGGAGUCCCAAGUAAACCAGGCAUUCCAAAACUAUCAGAAGGGAGUAAAAAUUCAAUACAGUGGGAAAAAGCUGAUGAUAAUGGAGGCAGACUUAUGUACUAUAUCCUUGAGAUCAGUAAGGGCACUUCAAAGAAUUCACAGAACCAGAAUUUAAUGUGGAAGAUGGCAUUUAAUGGCUCAUGCAGUAGCAUUUGCACAUGGAAGCCCCAAAACCUGAAAGGAACAUUUCAGUUCAGAGCAGUAGCUGUAAAUAAUCUGGGUUUUGGUGAAUAUAGUGGAAUCAGUGAGGAUAUUAUAUUCGUUGGAGAUGGUUUUUGGAUAUCAGAAACAAGCUUUAUACUUACUACUAUAAUUGGAAUAUUUCUGGUUGUUACAAUCCUAUUGACCUUUGUCUGGCACAGAAGAUUAAAGAAUCAAAAAACUCCCAAGGAAGGGCUGACGGGUCUCAUAAAUGAAGACAAAGAGUUGGCUGACCUUCGAGGUCUGGCCGCUGGAGUAGGACUGGCGAAUGCCUGCUAUGCGAUACAUACGCUUCCAACCCAAGAGGAGAUUGACAGUCUUCCUGCCUUCCCUCGGGAAAAACUGACUCUGCAUCUCUUGUUGGGAAGUGGGGCCUUUGGAGAAGUGUAUGAAGGGACAGCGGUAGACAUCUUAGGAGUUGGAAGUGCAGAAACCAAAGUAGCAGUGAAGACUUUGAAGAAGGGCUCCACAGACCAGGAGAAGAUUGAAUUCCUGAAGGAGGCACACCUGAUGAGUAAGUUUAAUCAUCCCAACAUUCUGAAGCAGCUUGGAGUUUGUCUGCUGAAUGAGCCCCAGUACAUCAUCCUGGAACUCAUGGAAGGAGGAGACCUUCUUACCUAUUUGCGUAAAGCCCGGAUGACAUCGUUUCACGGUCCUUUACUCACCUUGGUUGACCUUGUAGACCUUUGUGUAGAUAUUUCAAAAGGCUGUGUCUACUUGGAGCAGAUGCACUUCAUUCACAGGGAUCUAGCAGCUCGGAAUUGCCUUGUCUCUGUAAAAGACUAUACUAGUCCAUCACGGAUAGUGAAGAUUGGGGACUUUGGACUCGCGAGGGACAUCUAUAAAAAUGAUUACUAUAGAAAGAGAGGAGAAGGCCUGCUCCCUGUUCGGUGGAUGGCUCCAGAAAGUUUGAUGGAUGGAAUCUUCACUACUCAGUCUGAUGUAUGGUCUUUUGGAAUUUUGAUUUGGGAAAUUUUAACUCUUGGUCAUCAGCCUUAUCCAGCUCAUUCUAACCUUGAUGUUUUAAGCUAUGUGCAAACAGGAGGGAGACUGGAGCCACCGAGAAAUUGUCCCGAUGAUCUGUGGAAUUUAAUGGCCCAGUGCUGGGCUCAAGAACCUGACCAAAGACCUACUUUCCAUAAAAUUCAAGAACAGCUUCAGUUAUUCAGAAAUUUUUCCUUAAAUAGUAUUUCUCAAUGCAGAGGAGAAACAAACCCCAGCGGAGUCAUAAAUGAAGCCUUUGAAGAUGAACAUGGUCAUAGGAUUUGUUUGAAUUCAGAUGACGUUAUGUCAACUGCUUUACUGGAAACCAAGAACCAAGAAGGGUUAAACUAUGUGGUACUGGCUACGGAAUGCAGACAAGGUGAAGCAAAUUCUGAGGGUCCUCUAAGCUCCAAGGCAUCUGAAUCUUGUGGUCUGAGGAAAGAAGAGAAGGAAUCACAUGCAGACAAAGACAUCUGCCAAGAAAAACAAGUGGCUUACUGCCCUCCUGGCAAGCCUGAGGGCCUGAACUAUGCCUGUCUCACUCACAGUGGAUGUAGAGAUGGGUCUGAUUAAUAGCUCUGUUUGGGAAAUGCAGAGUUGAG